GACGGUACAAAAACGUACGAUGCAUGUUAUACUGGAAAUUCUGUGGCUGCUGCUUGUUAUUUUCUAUUCAUACUUGGAAUCCUUUGUUAAACUCUUCAUUCCACUGAAAAGGAAGUGUGUGAAAGGAGAAAUUGUGCUAAUCACAGGGGCUGGACACGGAAUAGGAAAGAUUACAGCGAAAAUAUUUGAUGAACUUCAAAGUGUGCUGGUUUUGUGGGAUAUAAACAAGCAAGGACUUGAGGAAACUGCUGCAGAAUGCAGGAAGAGUGGAGCUACAGUUUAUACCUAUGUUGUGGACUGCAGCAAGCGUGAAGAAAUCAACACAGCGGCCAACAAGGUAAAGCAAGAGGUUGGAGAUGUUACAAUCUUACUAAACAAUGCGGGAGUUAUCUUCUGUGCUGAUGUCCUAACGCUACAGGACCAACAAAUUGAAAAAAUAUUUGAAGUAAACAUACUUGCUCAUUUUUGGACCACAAGAGCUUUUUUACCAUCGAUGCUAAGGAACAAUCACGGACACAUUGUUACUGUUGCUUCAUCAGCAGGUUUUGUUGGUGUUCCAUUCAUGGUAGACUAUUGCUCUACCAAGUUUGCUGCACUUGGUUAUCAUAAGGCACUGACAGCCGAAUUAUCAGCAUUGGGAAAGUCUGGUAUCAAAACAUCAUGUCUUUGUCCUGUUUUUGUUGACACUGGCUUCGUGAAAAACCCAAGCACAAGAUUUGCUCCUGUAUUGCAGCCUGAAGAUGUGGCGCGAACACUGGUGGAUGGUAUUCUGAUCAAUAAAAAGAUGAUUUGUAUUCCUCCUACUGUUUCAGUACUCCCAGUGUUGCAGUUCUUUCUUCCAGAACGUGCUUUGAAUGCUUUGAAUGAAUUUCAGAGUAUAAAGUUUGAAGCCAAAGUUCACAGCAGAGAUAAGGAUAAGUAGAUCUGCUUUCAUGUGUUCACUGCACCAUCAAGGGACAGUUUAUGGAACUGUGUGUCACCAACUGCUGACACACACACAUUUAUUACAGAUGACUAAUAAAUUUACAAGAUUCAA